UCCACUGGGAUAGAGCGGCCGGAGCGGCGGCGGCAUGGCCGGGGUCCCGUUCUGCGCCCUCCUCCCGCUCCUCGUCGGCGUCUGCGGGGCCGUCACCGGCUCCCGGGUCUAUCCUGCCAACGAAGUUACCUUGCUGGAUUCCAGAUCAGUUCAGGGAGAGCUGGGGUGGAUAGCAAGUCCGCUGGAAGGAGGGUGGGAGGAAGUAAGCAUUAUGGAUGAGAAGAACACUCCGAUCCGCACCUAUCAAGUCUGCAAUGUGAUGGAGCCCAGUCAGAAUAAUUGGUUACGAACUGAUUGGAUUCCCCGUGAGGGGGCUCAAAGGGUAUAUAUUGAAAUCAAGUUCACGCUAAGAGACUGCAACAGCCUGCCAGGUGUCAUGGGAACUUGCAAAGAGACUUUCAACCUUUAUUACUACGAAUCAAACAAUGAUAAGGAGCGUUUUAUUCGAGAGAGCCAGUUUGCCAAGAUUGACACCAUUGCUGCUGAUGAGAGCUUCACCCAGGUGGACAUUGGUGACAGGAUCAUGAAGCUGAAUACAGAGAUACGGGAUGUGGGACCACUGAGCAAGAAAGGGUUUUACUUGGCUUUUCAGGAUGUCGGUGCCUGCAUUGCUUUGGUGUCUGUUCGUGUCUUCUAUAAGAAGUGCCCUUUGACAGUUCGAAACCUGGCACAGUUUCCAGACACCAUUACUGGGGCUGAUACGUCCUCUCUGGUGGAGGUUCGUGGCUCCUGCGUCAACAACUCGGAAGAGAAGGAUGUGCCAAAAAUGUACUGUGGGGCAGAUGGUGAAUGGCUGGUGCCCAUUGGCAACUGUCUGUGCAAUGCUGGCUAUGAAGAACGUAAUGGUGAAUGCCAAGCUUGCAAAAUUGGAUACUACAAGGCUCUCUCGACAGAUGUUGCUUGUGCCAAAUGCCCGCCUCACAGCUACUCCAUCUGGGAAGGCUCUACCUCCUGCACCUGCGAUCGGGGCUUUUUCCGAGCUGAAAAUGAUGCAGCCUCCAUGCCUUGCACUCGCCCUCCGUCUGCUCCCCAGAACCUGAUUUCCAAUGUCAAUGAGACAUCGGUGAACUUGGAGUGGAGCCCCCCCCAGAACAAAGGUGGUCGAGAAGACAUCUCCUACAACGUGGUAUGCAAGAGGUGCGGUGCCGGCGACCUCAGCCGCUGCCGGUCCUGUGGCAGUGGUGUGCACUUUAGCCCCCAGCAGAAUGGCUUGAAAACCACCAAAGUCUCCAUUACUGACCUCCUGGCACACACUAACUACACCUUUGAAGUCUGGGCGGUGAAUGGAGUGUCCAAGCAAAAUCCCAGCCAGGACCAAGCUGUGUCAGUCACUGUGACAACUAACCAAGCAGCUCCAUCCCCAAUCGCUUUGAUCCAGGCUAAAGAGAUAACAAGGCACAGCGUUGCCUUGGCUUGGCUGGAACCUGACAGGCCAAAUGGAGUUAUCUUGGAAUAUGAAGUCAAAUACUAUGAAAAGGACCAAAACGAGCGCAGCUAUCGCAUUGUGAAGACAGCCUCCAGGAAUACCGACAUCAAAGGCUUGAACCCCCUGACUUCGUAUGUAUUUCACGUGCGGGCCAGGACAGCAGCAGGAUAUGGAGACUUCAGUGGACCAUUUGAGUUCACAACUAACACAGUUCCUUCCCCCAUCAUUGGCGAUGGUACCAAUCCCACAGUGCUUCUUGUUUCAGUGGCUGGCAGUGUUGUUCUUGUGGUCAUUCUCAUUGCAGCCUUUGUCAUCAGCAGGAGGCGCAGUAAGUACAGUAAGGCUAAGCAAGAGGCAGAUGAGGAGAAACAUUUGAACCAAGGUGUUAGAACAUAUGUGGAUCCUUUUACAUAUGAGGAUCCAAACCAAGCUGUGAGGGAAUUUGCCAAAGAAAUUGAUGCCUCCUGCAUAAAGAUUGAAAAAGUUAUUGGUGUGGGGGAAUUUGGUGAAGUAUGCAGCGGACGUCUCAAAGUACCAGGAAAAAGAGAGAUCUGUGUUGCUAUCAAGACUCUAAAAGCUGGUUACACUGAUAAACAAAGGAGAGACUUCCUGAGCGAGGCGAGCAUCAUGGGACAAUUUGACCACCCCAAUAUCAUCCACUUGGAAGGUGUUGUUACUAAAUGUAAACCGGUAAUGAUCAUAACUGAGUACAUGGAGAAUGGCUCCUUGGAUGCCUUCCUCAGGAAGAAUGAUGGCAGAUUUACAGUCAUCCAGUUGGUGGGGAUGCUUCGUGGCAUCGGCUCAGGAAUGAAGUAUCUGUCUGACAUGAGCUAUGUGCAUCGGGACCUAGCUGCUCGAAACAUACUAGUCAACAGCAACUUGGUCUGCAAAGUGUCUGACUUCGGCAUGUCCCGGGUCCUGGAAGACGACCCUGAAGCAGCUUAUACCACACGGGGUGGCAAGAUCCCCAUCAGGUGGACUGCGCCAGAGGCAAUUGCCUACCGUAAGUUUACAUCAGCGAGUGAUGUGUGGAGCUAUGGCAUCGUCAUGUGGGAAGUGAUGUCCUACGGAGAAAGACCUUACUGGGAUAUGUCCAAUCAAGACGUUAUUAAAGCCAUUGAAGAAGGGUAUCGGCUGCCACCCCCGAUGGACUGCCCCAUUGCUCUCCAUCAGCUGAUGUUAGACUGCUGGCAGAAGGAACGCAGUGACAGGCCUAAAUUUGGACAGAUUGUCAACAUGCUGGACAAACUCAUCCGCAACCCCAACAGCCUGAAGAGGACGGGGAGCGAGAGCUCCAGACCUAGCACAGCCCUGCUGGAUCCCAGCUCCCCUGAGUUCUCGGCGGUUGUUUCUGUCGGUGACUGGCUCCAAGCCAUUAAAAUGGAGCGAUACAAGGAUAACUUCACAGCUGCUGGCUAUACCACCCUAGAGGCAGUGGUGCAUAUGAACCAGGAUGACCUGGCAAGGAUUGGGAUCACUGCCAUCGCCCACCAGAACAAGAUCUUGAGCAGCGUUCAAGCAAUGCGCACCCAAAUGCAACAGAUGCACGGCAGGAUGGUUCCCGUCUGAGCCAGUACUGAAUAAACUCAAAACUCUUGAAAUUAGUUUACCUCAUCCAUGCACUUUAAUUGAAGAACUGCACUUUUUUUACUUCGUCUCCUCGCCCGUCGAAAUAAAGAUCUGCAGCAUUGCUUGAUGUACAGAUUGCGGAAACCGAGCGUGUGUGUUGGGAGGGGGGCCUCCAGAAAUGACAAGCCGUCAUUUUAAACCAGACCUGGAACAAAUUGUUUCUUGGAACAUACUUCUCUGUUGAUCAACGAUAUGUAAAAUACAUGUAACUAUAUAAAUAUAAAGUCACAUUCAAGUUUUGAUGCUAUGUUUGCUGCCAGAUACUGUGCUCAAAAAAAAACAAAAACAAAAUUACUUUCCUUCUCCCCAUGACCCGUAGGAUUACAACCAUAGUGUUUUAUUUGUGGGUGAAACCACCGUUGUGCAUCUUUCACUGGAAUGAAGAAUCUGCCCUGGGAUAUUUUUUGCAGACUUGACGCAUCACUAAUACCUUGCAGAAACCUCAGUGAGAAUAUCAUUUGGCUAAUCAGUGCCUGCCGAUUAGUGAUCUACCCGUUUACGGGCUUGAGACAUGAAAUGACCCACCUCGUGGAUUACUGGGCAAAACUGGACUUCUGGGGAGAUGAUUGGCUGUUGUUGUGCUGUGCUGAAGCCUACCACUUAAAGACGUUUUGUGAACAUCUUGCCAGUAGUCAGCUGUGACAAUCGUGGCUGUGGAGCGUUCAGACUUCUUUUCUCUUUGAAGAAGCGAUUCCCUUUGCCACACGGAGGUCAGUGGAAGUACAGUGUCCAACAUGUUCAUGGUGCUUUGCUUCUUAAACUGUGCUAGGAUUUCACCACCGUUGGGGGAAAAAAAAAAAAAGUGCUGUGGGAAAUUAGAUUUUGCAUUCACGGACUCAUAGCUUGUCCUAUUGAUCAUAUUGACCAUGGAGGAACAUAGACUAGACAUGAAGCCUUCUGCAUCCACAGUUGUGUCUUCCCUAGCACUGAUUCUGGAAAACACACACUGAACAGUCAUCGGUCCCUGAAGAGAGCGUGACUUUUACUUUCUCUUUUUUUUUUCCUUGCCGCCCACCCUGGUUUUUUUUCUUCAUUGAGAGAUAACUAACUUGAUAAGACUCAGCACCCGGUUGUCACUUGAGGAAUGUACUGUGUCAAAGCUCUGCAGACUUCUGGAUUUUUUUUUUCCUCCCCUUCUGCUUUCUCUUCCUACCUUUGGUUUUAUUUAUAUAUUUUGGCAUUUUCUCUCCUCAUCCCCCUGGCUGUCACUGCUGCAUCUCAGAUGAAUGCAGGUGACGCAGCGCUACACAUCUUACCAUGGACACCGGGCCAGGUGCCGCAGCAAAGAACCCAGUUCCUGUGAGCUGCCUAUAUACAUUGCUGAAGUGACAUUUUACACAAAACGUGCCAUUGCAGUGAUAUAAGUAUAUUUUUUUUUCCCUUGAAUGGAUAAUGGAUUAUUAUCUCCUCUGAAAGGUGCGUAUGUGUGCUUGUGUGCGUGUGUUUGCGUGCGAGUCACCUUGUGUGUAAAACUGCCUGUGAAUGUGCCGAAAACGUCUCUGGAAGCGCAGGAGUCUCCUGUCAUACGAGAGCAGGCCAAUAGCUCGUGUCUGCAAUGGUAGCAAGAACACACACAUUAAAAAAUGUUUAAAUUUCUGUAUCUAUAAGUGUAUUUUUUAGCUGCCACACUAACCUUAAUGAGUAGUUCUGCAGCCUGAAACGGGCAAUUUCAAGUUAGUUUUGGAGUCGUGGAUUGCGGGAUCCAUAAGGGUGCUAAAGAUUUUCCGAAGUGUCAUUUAUUCAUACUGAUGCCCUGUCCAUGAUCAAGACCGACCAGUUUCUCAGUGGCGCUGGUGAUGGAGGCAACACCUGCGUAUCCAUCCACUGGUAACCCUGAACUGAAUUCUUAAGUAGCCUUUUUUAUCUGCAAAAAUAGGAUUUUAAAGACUUGUCGAAUGCGAACAAAUAUAUGCAAUUCUUCCAUUCACAGAAGCACCUUGCUCUGUGUGCAAGCUGUGAAACUUGUAACGUAAUAAUCAAAACACUUCAAUUGCUCCCAGCACAGUUAAGGAACAAAAUUGCAAGACCUGUGAGGUUACAGUAGGUAGCAAGAGUUGUGAGAUGUGUCCUGUUCCUCGUGCGGGCGAUGAAGAGCUGGUGAAGUGCAGUAGAAGGCACUCUUCCUUCCGUGGCCCGAGGAACAGUGCUGCGACUUACUGGUACUACCUAGAAAAGCUUUCUGUCUUCGGAAAAUUCACCGCUAACGUAGUGUAAGCUAGUUUUGAGUGGAGCCGUGGGCUGGAGCCCAGGGAGCGUAGGGCCGCUGGGUGUUUGCAGAAGGGCAGGAGAUGCUCCCCGCUCGCCUCCUGGCCAUGGGGGGCUGGCGUCUGCCGUGGCAGCCCACGCAGCCCAGCGAACUGCCACGGGACAGGGGCUCGCUCCAGCAGACGUGGGGAUGCUGGAUGCGCUGCCUUAAAGGAGAGCGGAGCCGCAAAGUGGUGUCCCAAAGUUGCUCCCGCUUCCUCCUCUUUUCCCUCCUCGCUGACCCUCUGAUCUCAUCCCGUAUUUCUGCCUGCUCUGGUGGAGGAGCAGCCGCAGGUCCGUGGAAGGGGAGCGAGGGCGGAUGCGCUGUCGGUGGAGGCCGGGCACGGUCAUGGCGCUGGGAGGUGCCAACUGUGUCACCCAGCACGGGCCACCUGCGGCGGCUGCUCCGGACGGAGCUGGGUGCGAAAGGAAGGCGAGUGCCAGGGCACUGAAGAGGUCAUCACCAGGGCCGUCUCGCAUGGUAGAGCCUCUGUCUGUUAAGAAAUUGUCCUGCUCACACACCACUGGUUGAUGUUUGUCUGGGUUUCUUGCUGUACUAAUUUUGUGAUGGAUCUUAUGUAUUAAAAAUAUAUAUGUAUAAAAUACAAAAGGCUGGUAAGUAACCAGUAAACAGGACUUAAAAAGCAGUAUUUUUCUUUUAUGUGACAUUUUCAUAACCAGAAAAAAAAAAAAUCUGAAAUACUAAUCAGACAAAUAAAAAGAGAGUGCAUUUAUUUUUUUGUAUCACUGCAAGUAUGUUGGAAUAUGCAAGGACUGUGGUUAAAAUUAGAAUGUAUGAGGCAUAUUAUAAUUUAGUUCAUACUUUAAAAAAUCUAACAGCAUUUCUUGGUUCGUGCAUUUGAACGAUCUCUGGGUUAGAUAUAGAGAUUUUUCUAUUUUGUUUUAAUUUGUAAUUUUUUUCCCCCUCCAUGAAUUUUAGGUACACAUAACUUAUGUCAUUUAUUUAUGGUCUUUUAUACCUAGUUUGUAAAAUUGUAAAAUAGCAAACAAUGCAAACAUUUGCAUUUGAAAAUA